GUAAAGAGGUGAAGAAGCAGAGGACAGUAAAGAUGGCGGCACGGACACAAACACUGUGGUAGAGUUGUGUUUAAAGGCCGUUGGAGGCGUUUCUCUGCCGGACACUGUCACGAUGGCGCACCGCUUCUUGCGGAUGUCCGCGGGCUGUAGGAACAUGUUCCGCCCGCUGCUGUCCUUCAAUGCUUCCGCCAGAAUGGUGAUGUUCUCGACCAUGACUGGACAGGUAGGAGGUGGGAGGAGCCUAUUGAGCGACCUGCUGCGAGUGAGUCGCACACUGAGCUCUAAACCCCCAAAAGGAUUCGAAAAAUAUUUCCCUGAUGCUCAAAAACCUGGGAAUAACUCUGAGACUGACGCAGCUGCAACGAAAGCUAAAGCAGCUGACACUCAGAAAAGUGCUGGAAAGUCAGGGGGAGGAGCAUCAGGAGGAGGAAAACGAGGGGGACGUAAGGAGGAGUCUAACUGGUACAGCCGCAUGCAGAAGGGCGACGUUCCCUGGGACGAUAAAGAAUUCCGGAUGUACCUCCUGGGAGGAGCCGCAUUUUGGACCACUGUUUUGUAUUUCUUAUUCUUGAGGGAUGGAGGUCGAGAGGUCACCUGGAAAGACUUUGUCAACAACUACCUGUCCAAAGGAGUGGUGGAUCGACUGGAAGUUGUCAACAAGCGUUAUGUCAAAGUGAUUUUCUCUGCAGGGAAGACGCCAGUGGACGGGUACAUCUGGUUCAACAUAGGCAGCGUGGACACAUUUGAGAGAAACCUGGAGACGGCGCAGUACGAGCUCGGUGUUGAGGGCGAGAACCGGCUGCCAGUGGUUUAUUCCACGGAGAGUGAUGGAACAUUCCUACUGAGCAUGCUCCCCACAGUGCUCAUCAUUGGCUUCCUGCUGUUCAUGCUGCGGCGGGGGCCGGCGGGGGCGGGGCGUCCCGGCCGGGGAAUGGGUGGACUCUUCAGCGUCAGUGAGACAACGGCAAAGAUCCUGAAAGACGAGAUUGAUGUGAAGUUUAAGGACGUGGCGGGCUGCGAGGAGGCCAAACUGGAGAUCAUGGAGUUUGUCAACUUCCUGAAGAAUCCCAAACAAUACCAGGACCUGGGCGCCAAGAUUCCCAAGGGUGCCAUCUUGACCGGUCCUCCAGGAACAGGAAAGACUCUUCUGGCGAAAGCGACGGCGGGCGAAGCGAACGUCCCGUUCAUCACAGUCAACGGCUCCGAGUUCCUGGAGAUGUUUGUGGGUGUCGGCCCAGCCAGGGUGAGAGAUCUUUUUGUCAUGGCGAGGAAGAACGCCCCCUGCAUCCUCUUCAUCGACGAGAUCGACGCCGUUGGGCGGAAACGCGGUCGAGGGAACUUUGGAGGACAGAGCGAGCAGGAGAACACGCUGAACCAGCUGCUGGUGGAGAUGGACGGCUUCAACACAGCGACCAACGUGGUGGUUCUGGCGGGAACCAACAGACCUGACAUUCUGGACCCAGCUCUGAUGAGACCCGGGCGCUUUGACAGGCAGAUCUACAUCGGUCCUCCUGACAUCAAAGGUCGGGCAUCCAUCUUUAAAGUCCACCUGCGUCCUCUGAAGAUGGACGUCAACUUGGAAAAAGACAAUCUAGCCAAGAAGAUGGCUGCCCUCACGCCUGGAUUCUCAGGAGCCGACAUCGCUAAUGUCUGUAACGAGGCGGCUCUGAUCGCUGCUCGUCACCUUUCAGAUGCAAUCGACCAGAAACACUUUGAACAGGCCAUCGAAAGGGUCAUAGGAGGUCUGGAGAAGAAGACCCAGGUCCUGCAGCCGGAGGAGAAGAAGACUGUGGCGUACCAUGAAGCCGGUCAUGCUGUGGCUGGAUGGUUUCUGGAGCACGCUGACCCUCUGCUGAAGGUGUCCAUCAUUCCCAGAGGGAAAGGUCUGGGUUACGCUCAGUACCUGCCCAAAGAGCAGUACCUGUACACAAAAGAGCAGCUGCUUGACCGCAUGUGCAUGACUCUGGGAGGACGUGUCUCUGAGGAGAUCUUCUUUGGAAGGAUCACCACUGGAGCUCAGGAUGACCUCCGAAAGGUCACCCAGAGUGCCUACGCUCAGAUUGUGCAGUUCGGGAUGAACGCGAAGGUCGGUCAGGUGUCCUUUGACCUUCCCCGUCAGGGCGAGAUGGUUCUGGAGAAACCGUACAGUGAAGCUACGGCUCGUCUCAUCGACACUGAGGUCAGAACCCUCAUCGGCGCGGCGUACCAGAGAACCCGACGACUGCUGAAUGACAGGAAGGACGACGUCGAGAAGGUGGCGCUGCGGCUCCUUGAUAAGGAGGUUCUGGAUAAGAACGACAUGGUGGAGCUGCUGGGGAAACGUCCGUUUGCUGAGAAGUCGACUUAUGAGGAGUUUGUGGAGGGAACUGGAGGCGAGGAUGAGGACACCACCCUGCCAGACGGUCUGAAAGACUGGAACCAGGAGAGGAAAGACAAGGGGGAGAGCCAGGAUGAACAGGUGGCUCGUCAGAUCUCUGGAGGAAUGCCCUUCUAGAAGCUUCUUUAUCAUCUGCAUCUCCAGAGUAAGAGUUCUGCAUCAAACCUUCACCCAAGGAACUUCGGACAUCUGGAUUCUGAGCCACCUCAUUCCCAUCAGUGAGGCGUAGAACCUCCUCCUCUAACACCAAACAUCGAAGCUCCACCCACAGAACUGUGUCUCACAGUUCCUCGCUAUCCGACUCCGAGUCAAACCAAGACACUGUUGUUCUGUGCAUGUUCUGGUGCUUCUCUGAACAGGACUGGGUUCUAUGUUGCAGAACUGCUCUGAGCUGGAGAACUGUUCUCAGAGUAGAACCGGUCUCAGGGACUCGGUAGAACUUGUAGUUCUGGUUCCGUGUCCGUCAUUGACCUCAGCUCUGCUCAGAAGAACCUUCAGCUCAUGGAAGAACUGGCCUGAAUGAUUGAUCCAGAAAAUAUUGAAUAUUGAUGGUGAGAGGACUGAUCGAUCACUUCUGGAUUAUUUGUGUAAAUGUUUGUUUUAAUAAAGUCUGAAAAACA